CCCGACCCUCUUCUUUAUUUAAUUCUCAAUCUCUUCUUCUUUCUUUCUUUCAUCCUUUCUUUUCUUUCCCAUCCGGUGGUCUGUUUAUCCCUUCCCUGGCCUUAAAUUUUUUACCUCUACCUUCACCAUGGUCCGCAUUCUUUUAGGCCUGGCCACUUUGGCAUCUAUGGCCUAUGCUGACAUCACUUUUAAUUGUAUCGGCUAUCCUUCCAGUGCCAAUGGAGCCUUCGGUGUCUCUGUUGGUGGUAGUAUUACCAAGCUUUCCUCAAACGAAACCAUGUUCCCCGUAUGGAGUGGCGCAGUCCCGGGAACGACUGGUUCUGUCGAAUACUCAUAUGUGGAGCUCGACGCGGCAGGAGCACCUGUCAAAACUGAAACGUUCACUCGCAAGCUUAACCAGACAACUGACACUCAUACAGAUAACGAAUUCUUUGAUCGGCCUGUCACUCGACAUGAGAUCGUCCGUCUGCCAUACACCUAUUUGGCUACUUAUCCUUCUAAGACCAAGGCUUUCAAAGAGAACCAGAUCGCAACCCUUCAUCUCACUGCACCUGUUGCCGAUGUAAACGCUAUGAACUCUCAACCCGAAGCUGAGAAGGAUGUCAAGGUCACUUUCCGCUUUAUCAACGCCAAGACUGUCUACACCCAAACUAAUAUCACGCUCAACACCUCAGGAAAGUCCUCCAAGGAAUUUGCCAAGCAGUCAUACAAACUCAAAUUCGACACUGAGUAUGGUCAGUCCUUCUUCUCGCGCCCUAAUAUCAAGCUGCGUUCCAUGGCCACAGAGCCAACCUUGAUGCGUGAGAAACUGUACAUUGACAUGCUCAACUCGGUUGGUGUUCCGACUCAGCAAGGAUCGUAUGUUCGUCUCUUUAUCAACAACGAGCCUUAUGGUCUAUACCUGAUGGUUGAUGAUAUCAAAAAGUCGUUUAUCAAGCAGACCAUCUAUGGCGGCGACAAUGCCACUUCUCCUGGCUCAUUGGUUCAAAUGAAUGCACCCAUGUUGGACCAGCAGGCUGACCUCGUCUACAAGGGACCUACUGGUGCUUCGUAUAACAGGGAAACCUAUAUCUCUCAGAAUUUGGGCAAAAACACUGAAGCAGAGCCUCUUGGGCAGUUAAUCGCCUUCAUGUCCGACUUGCAGGCUUACGAUCCUGCAAAGACGGCUGAUCCUGUCGAUUACUGGACUUCUCGCCUGGAUUUGGAUGGAUUUUUGCGUAACAUGGCCUUGGAGUACUUGAUGGGAGCUUUUGAUAACUACUGGAUGGCCGGUUCCAACUAUUUUAUGUACUUCAACCCCAAGCUCGGCAAUGGCGGUAAGUGGCAAUGGAUUCCCACGGACUUUGACGGCACAUUUGGCAACGGCGCUUCGAUUGAUCCUGCUGGCUCGUACAAGACCUUGUUCAAUUUCCAACCUGAUCAUCCCUUGGUCUCCAAGCUCAUCAUCAAUACUCCUCAGAUCAACGCUCAAUUCCAGCAGGUCUUGAAGGAGAUUGUCAGCACAGCUUUCAAGCCUGAAGCCAUGAACCUACACAUUGAUUCCGUCCACAAAAUGAUUUCACUUGACGCUCAAUGGGACUUUGGUCUGACCCGUCACUCACCUGGCAAAGACCUCAAGUUUACAUUUGAGGACUUUAACAACAAUCUUGUGAAUGUUACCAAGGAAAUGAGUGGAGCGAUCAAGCCCUGGAUUGCCAGUCGUGCCUCUGCAAUCUCAACUGAAUUGGGCUUCACCAUCCCUGCUGGAACGGCUGACCGUGUUGCUCCUCCUCCCCGUAACAAGAAUGGCAAAGAUGAUGAUGACGAUGAUGUUGACAACUCCACGGGUAACAACGGAGCUGGCUCCUUGGCAGCCACUGGUUUGUCUGCUCUAACCAUCGUUGCAUCCAUCUUGAUGCUCUUGGCUUAAAAAUAAGAAAAGGUCGUUUGGCAUUUGGUUUGUAAAAGACCCUAUUCACCUAGCACAUGUCCUAAUAGUCAAAAAAAA